UUGAGGAGUCUGUCAAGCAAACUGCAGCCCGCCAUUGUGUAGAAACCAGGCUCUGUAGAGAGAUAAGAGUGCUUGCCUGAAACUCCUUCAUAGCCGGACAAAUUGUACACCCCGCCGCUGUUAAUUAGGAGAGAAUACAGUUACACAGGCCGUGGGGGGGGAAAGACAUGUCAGCCAGCAGCCUUCUUGAACAGAGACCGAAAGGCCAAGCUAAUAAAGUGCAAAACGGAGCUGUGACCCAAAAGGAUACUUUGAAUGACGAUGAGUUUGAGCCUUACCUGAAUACUCAGGCCAGACAGAGCAAUGCCUAUACGGCCAUGUCGGACUCGUACAUGCCCAGCUACUACAGUCCUUCCAUUGGCUUUUCCUACUCCCUGAAUGAGGCAGCGUGGUCCACUGGUGGGGACCCUCCUAUGCCUUACCUGGCCUCCUAUGGACAGCUGAGCAAUGGCGAACCCCACUACCUCCCAGAUGCAAUGUUCGGCCAGCCUGGUCCCCUGGGGAGCAACCCGUUCCUGGGCCAGCAUGGCUUCAACUUUUUCCCCAGCGGCAUCGACUUCUCCGCAUGGGGCAACAGCAGCUCUCAGGGACAGUCGGGGACACCGCAGAGCUCUGGCUACAGCAGCAGCUAUGCCUACGCCCCCAGCUCGCUUGGGGGUGCCAUGAUUGAUGGACAGUCUCCAUUUGCACCUGCUGCCAAUGAACCCCUCAACAAGGCACCUGGCAUGAACAGCCUGGACCAGGGCAUGGCGGGUCUUAAAAUCGGUGGUGCUGCCCCUGGUGGGAAUGGAGAAAUGGCUCCGAAGGUGGUUGGCUCUGGGCUGCCUGGUGGGGGGCCCUUGGGCCCUGUAUCUUCUGUUGGACCUCCCAGCAUGCCCCCCGUCUCCAUUGCCCCAGCCAAGCCGGCCUCCUGGGCCGACAUCGCCAGCAAACCCGCCAAGCCUCAACCCAAGCUUAAAACCAAGGGUGGCAUGGUAGGUUCCAAUUUGCCUCCUCCGCCCAUUAAACACAACAUGGACAUUGGCACUUGGGACAACAAGGGCACCAUGCCCAAAGCUGCCACCCCUCAGCAGGUGCCCUCUAUUCCCAGCAACGGGCAGCCACCCAAUCAGGCUUCUCCGCAGCCUGGAGCCACAGCUGCAGGGAACCCACAGAUGCCUCUGAGCAAUGGACAGCUGGUUCCACCUGUCUCCCAGCUGGGGCAGCAUCAUCUUCCACCUACUGGACAGCCAGGUAUGGCUCAGAUACCCCAACCCCUCUCCCAGGGUCCACCACCGCCAAACCACCAACAGCAGCAGCCUUCUCAACCGACUCGCUGGGUCCCUCCGCGUAACCGGGCCAAUGGGUUUGGAGACGCCGGCGGAAGCGGGUCAGGCCAGUCGCCUCCCUCCUCUUCCAGCAUCGGUGUGGUUCCCGGAGUCCCGUCCGAGCCUCAUCCUGUUUUAGAAAAGCUGCGGAUGGUUAACAACUACAACCCCAAGGACUUCGACUGGAACCUCAAGCAGGGCCGCGUGUUCAUCAUCAAGAGCUACUCCGAGGACGACAUCCACCGCUCCAUCAAGUACAACAUUUGGUGCAGCACGGAGCACGGCAACAAGCGGCUCGACGCCGCCUACCGCUCGUUGGCGGGCAAAGGGCCGCUUUAUCUUCUGUUCAGCGUCAACGGUAGCGGGCACUUCUGUGGUGUAGCGGAGAUGCGCUCACCGGUGGACUACAACACGUCUGCUGGCGUGUGGUCGCAGGACAAGUGGAAGGGCCGCUUCGACGUGCGCUGGAUCUUUGUUAAAGACGUUCCCAACAGUCAGCUGAGGCACAUUCGGCUAGAGAACAACGAAAACAAACCGGUGACCAACUCUCGGGACACACAGGAGGUACCGCUGGACAAGGCCAGGCAGGUGUUAAAGAUCAUCGCUGGAUAUAAACACACCACUUCCAUCUUCGAUGACUUCUCUCACUAUGAGAAGCGUCAGGAGGAGGAAGAGUGUGUGAAAAAGGUGGAGGUCCAAGGCAGUGAGCCAUAUCCCAGCAACCCAAGCAACAGGAGUCAUUACAGGCUUCAGGAGCGCCAAGGACGAGUCAAGUAACAGUUGGUGCUUUGGUCAAAGGACUGCAAUGCCCCUUCCUAAAACCCUGUCCGCUCCAGUACAUUAUUACAUUCAGAUCUCUAAGAAAUUCUAAUAGGGGUGAAGAUUUAACAAAGGACAAGAGGAAAAAAAAA